AAACAAUAACUUCUGUCAGUCAUACAGCAGCAGCAGACAAAGAUUCUUCUUGACUGGUACAACCAUCACAUUAUGAUGACCAAAUUAAUUUUUCUAGCUGGCUUUUCCCUUGCGUUGUUUCACUUUGGAUGGGCCUCCGAACUGGUUUGCUACUUCACAAACUGGUCUCAGUACAGACCUGGUGUUGGCAAGUACAUGCCAGAAAAUGUGGAUCCACAUCUGUGCACUCAUUUAAUUUAUGCCUUUUCCAUCAUUAAUCCGGCAAAUGAGUUGAGCACUUUUGAAUGGAAUGAUGAAACUCUCUACAAAUCUUUCAAUGGACUAAAGGAAAAAAAUCCCAGCUUGAAAACUCUCUUGGCUGUCGGAGGAUGGAACUUUGGCUCAGAACAGUUUAGUAUCAUGGUGUCCUCACCAGCAAACAGGACGACGUUUAUUCAGUCCUCCAUCACAUUUCUGAGGAAACAUGGCUUUGAUGGUCUGGAUCUGGACUGGGAGUAUCCAGGUUCCCGUGGAAGUCCUCCAGAAGACAAGCAGAGGUUCACUCUGCUCUGUAAGGAGCUCUUGGAAGCUUAUGAGGCAGAGGGUGCUGCUACUGGACGUCCCAGACUCAUGCUCACUGCUGCAGUGGCUGCUGGGAAAGGAACCGUUGAUGAUGGUUAUGAAAUUGCAGAAAUUGCCAAGUAUUUGGACUUCAUUAAUGUGAUGACCUAUGACUUCCACGGCUCAUGGGAAAAUGUCACCGGGCACAACAGUCCUCUGUAUGCUGGCUCUGGAUACCCAGGAGGCAACAUCUACUAUUACACUGAUUUUGCAAUGAGAUACUGGAGAGAUCAGGGCGCUCCUGUGGAGAAGCUGAGGAUGGGCUUUGCUACAUAUGGAAGAACAUUUCGCCUGUCUUCACUUUCUGGACCUAGUGGAGUUGGAGCUUCAGCUAAUGGUCCUGGAUCAGCUGGAAACUACACCAGAGAGGACGGAUUCUGGUCCUAUUAUGAGGUCUGUACUUUCCUUCAAGGAACCUCUGUGGAAUGGAUUGAAGAUCAGAAAGUUCCUUAUGCAACAAAAGGACAAGAAUGGGUGGGAUUCGACAACAAGGAAAGCUUUGAGAUAAAGGUGAACUACCUAAAGAAGGAAAAGUUUGGAGGAGCUUUCGUCUGGGCUCUGGAUCUUGAUGACUUUACAGGACAGUUCUGUGAUCAGGGCAAAUACCCCCUCAUUGGACAUCUCAGGACACUUCUUAAUAGAGAUUUCCCACCUGUCUCACCAAAUCCAACACAUGAGCCUGGUAAGACCACAACAACAGCAUCCACCACUGGAUCUCAUGCCACAAGACCUCAUGUUGUCCCGACAGUCCCCUCAGAGUUCUGUGUAGGCAAACAGGACGGGUUAUAUGUAAACCCAGAUGACCCUACGACCUUCAUUCAGUGUUCCAAUGGAAUGCCCCAUGAAAUGCAUUGCCCUGAUGGAACUUUCUUCAAUCCUGGCUGCAUGUGCUGCGACUGGCAUAUUUCACCUGGCUCUCCAAAUCCAACACAAAAGCCUGAUAAGACCACAGCAUCCAAGGCUGUUCCCUCAGAGUUCUGUGCAGGCAAACAAGACGGGUUAUAUGUAAACCCAGACGACCCUGCAACCUUCAUUCAGUGUUCUAAUGGCGGGACCUAUGUGAUGAAUUGCCCUGAUGGAACUUUCUACAAUCCUGACUGCUUGUGCUGCGACUGGCAUAUUUCACCUGGCUCUCCAAAUCCAACACAAAAGCCUGAUAAGACCACAGCAUCCAAGGCUGUUCCCUCAGAGUUCUGUGUAGGCAAACUGGACGGGAUAUAUGUAAACCCACACGACCCUGCAACCUUCAUUCAGUGUUCUAAUGGUGGGACCUAUGUGAUGAAUUGCCCUGAUGGAACUUUCUACAAUCCUGACUGCUUGUGCUGCGACUGGCCUAAGAAAUAAUCAGUGCUCCACCUCUGCAAAGAAAAUGUGUUGAAUUUUGCCAGUAUAUAUAUCUGUGUGUGUGUGUGUGUGUAUAUUCAGUACUCUCCAACUCAAAUGUUUUCCAUUUUUUCACUUGGCCUAACUAAAUAUUUGUGAAUUAGUAAUCACAUGUACAUGUUUCAAUUGAACUAGUGUGAAUUUAACUAUAAAUUAAAUCAGGCCAAUUGAAAACUGAAGAUGUAACCAGUCACUAGAAUUUUUUGAGUUGGAGAGGUUUUAAUUUUUUACAGUGAAAUAAUAUGAUACAGUUUGUUGUUUUAUAAGGGGUGCAGUCUGUCUAAUUUGUCUGAGUAAAACUAACCUGAAUAAGCA